AAGCAGGUUGGAUCUAAGAGGUUGGAUUUUAAUAACCAUUCUUUUUCUGGUAGUUUGUGCGUGUAAACAACAGACAGACUUCUUACAAUGUGACUCGGAAAAAGACAGUUCAUGCGAUUCUCAGCCAGAAAAACAAACCCAUUGGCUGUCCGAAAAUUUACAAAAAUCGUCUGCGUGCAGCUUCGUAACACCCGAGGACAGGAUUGACUGCGUUCCCCACGCUAACCCAACGCCUGAAACAUGCAGUCACCGGGACUGUUGUUGGAAUCCUGACGUGUAUAGUCCGACAAGUACGGAUAACUUCGGGCGCGUGCGCUCAGGCCCUUCUCCCUGUUUCUACCCACCCAACCACCAAUACUAUAAAGUUAAAGAAGUUAGAGAAAUGCCAUGGGGUCUACAAGCUGUAUUAAAGAGAACAAAAGAUUCUGGCUAUCCCCAGGAUGUCAGUUUAUUAGCAGUGGAUAUUGUUUAUAUCUCCAAAGAAACUUUACGUGUUAAGAUUUACGAUGCCAAAGAAGACCGAUACGAGGUUCCUGUUCUCAAUAUACCAAAAGUCAAGACGGCGCCUCAAGUCACAGAUUACGAAAUACAAAUACAAAAUGAUCCAGUCAGCUUUAAGAUAGUGAGAAACACGACAGGGACUGUUUUGAUCGAUACUAGUAUCGGACCUUUAGUUUUCUCCAAUCAGUAUCUUCAGAUCUCCACUAGAUUGCCAUCGACCUUGUUGUACGGAUUGGGAGAACAUAGGGAUCAUUUCCUCCGACGAUCAGACUGGAAGAUAUAUACGUUAUUUAAUAGAGGAGAACCUCCCAAGGACGAUCCUACGAUGAACAUGUACGGUAGCCAUCCUUUCUACUUGCUUCUAGAAAAUGAUGGGAAAAGCCAUGGAGUCUUUUUAUUAAACAGUAACGCAAUGGAUGUCGCUGUACAACCUGCUCCUGCCUUAACGUACAGAGUCAUAGGGGGAAUUUUUGAUUUCUUCUUCUUUCUGGGACCUACUCCUGAUGAGGUUAUUCAGCAGUAUACUAAUUUGAUUGGUCGACCUUUCUUGCCUCCUUACUGGGCAUUAGGAUUUCAUUUGAGUCGAUUUGGGUACAUGACGUCGGAAAAGACAAGAAGAGUAUGGAAUCGAACCCGAGAAGCGGGUAUUCCCUAUGACGCACAGUGGAGUGAUAUAGACUACAUGUUGGAUUUUAAGGAUUUCACCUACGACAAAGAGAGAUACAAAGGAUUGCCAGAACUAGUCGACGAUGUACAUAAAGCUGGAAUGCAUUACGUGUUAAAUUUUAGCCCCGGACUUUACGUGACCAACUCAACAGGGGAAUAUCCAGCUUAUGACGAAGCUCUUGGAGAGGACAUUUUUAUGAGAGAUAUAAAUAAAAAAAUUAUUCUUGGAAAACUUUGGCCCAACAUAACUGCUUACCUAGACUUCUCCAAUCCUAAAGCCUCGGAGUUCUGGAUCAACAACAUGAUAACGUUUCAUCGAGAAGUUCCAUACGAUGCAGCAUGGAUUGAUAUGAAUGAACCGUAUAAUUUCAUAAAUGGUUCAUGGGAAAGCUGUCCCAUGGGGCAUCCACUAGAAAAUCCACCCUACCAGCCCGGCAAUGACUCCCUUAUGACUCACACUUUAUGUUUGUCCUCUCAUCAGUAUCUGUCGUCUCACUACAAUCUACACAACAUCUACAGUGUAAUAGAAGCCAAAACUACAUACAGAGCUCUAGAAAUUCUCGGUAAAAGACCUUUCGUCCUCUCUCGAGCUUCUUUUCCUGGUCUUGGACGAUAUAGUGGCCACUGGUCAGGCGACAUCUAUUCGAGAUGGGACUAUCUGUCAAGUAGCGUCCCAG